GAAGCAACAUUAACCCAUCAGUGACUCAAGAUGAAAGGCUAUCACAUUUUGAUCUGCUUCAUCCUCCUAAAUCUUCAGGAUGGAAUCACUUGUCUUGCCAAUCCAGAAACUCCCAACCAUACAGAAAUGGAUGGACGAAACACCACAGAAGUGAACUCAACAGAUCUGGGCUUUGGUUUAUCCACAACUACUUCAAGACCACAGACAUCUCCAUCUGUUCCGGUUAAUGUCACUGGUUCAACAGCAGUGGACAACAGCACAGGAGUUGAGGGGGAGGUCCGCCUGGUAAAUAGGGGUUACGGCUCCUGCUCUGGCAGGGUGGAGAUCUUCCACAGUGGGCAGUGGGGGACAGUGUGUGAUGAUUCCUGGGGCCUGGAGGAUGCUCGGGUGGUAUGUAGGCAGCUGGGCUGUGGUAGGGUCCUGUCCAUACCAACUAAUGCACAAAUUGGACAAGGCACAGGAACCAUCUGGAUGGAUGAGGUGUCAUGCACAGGGAGGGAAUCCAAGCUUUCUGAGUGUCGCCACUCAGGGUUUGGAUCUCACAACUGCCGCCACAGUGAAGAUACUGGUGUUAUCUGUCAAGAAAUUCAAGAAACUGUUCGCUUGGUUAAUGGAGGAAACGGCUCCUGCUCUGGCAGGGUGGAGAUCUUCCACAGUGGGCAAUGGGGGACAGUGUGUGAUGAUUCUUGGGGCCAGGAGGAUGCUCAGGUGGUAUGUAGGCAGCUGGGUUGUGGUAGGGUCCUCUCAGCACCAACUAAUACACAAUUUGGACAAGGCACAGGGCCCAUCUGGAUGGAUGAGGUUGGAUGCACAGGAGGGGAAAUCAACCUAUUCGAGUGUCAUCACUCAGGGUUUGGAUCUCAUGACUGCAGCCACAAAGAAGAUGCCGGUGUCAUCUGUGAAGACCCUGGAUUUCCUUAUUCCACACCUGCUUCAAGAACACAGACCUCUCCAGCUUUUCGGGUUAAUGUCACUGGUUCAACAGCAGUGGACAACAGCACAGCAGUUGAGGGGGAGGUCCGCCUGGUAAAUAGGGGUUCCGACUCCUGCUCUGGCAGGGUGGAGAUCUUCCACAGUGGGCAGUGGGGGACAGUGUGUGAUGAUUUUUGGGGCCUGGAGGAUGCUCAGGUGGUAUGUAGGCAGCUGGGCUGUGGUAGGGUCCUCUCCAUGCCAACUAAUACACAAUUUGGUGCUGGCACAGGGCCUAUCUGGAUGCAUGAUGUAGCAUGCACGGGAAGAGAAGCCAACUUGCCUGAGUGCCACCACUCAGGGUAUGGAUCUCAUGACUGCAGCCACAAAGAAGAUGCUGGUGUCAUCUGUGAAGUCUCUCAUACAGGUUUCUCUCCGCUUUUGGUUAUUGUAUCUGUGGUAGUGGCAGUUCUUCUGUUACUUCUUGUUCUUUUGCUCAUCUACAAAAAGACGGCAACGGGCUAUCGUGGUUUCUCUAGGUAUAGAAGAAACUCAACCCAAAGCCAAACUGAGAUUGCUCUUACUGAAAAAUAUUCUACAGUCCUCCACACGUAAAGUCUCGACCAACUAGAGCGUUGAUCAAGCCAGCAGGAACCAGGACCAAACCUACUGGACUCUACUGUCACACACACUAAAUAGCAAAUUAUCAUACAUUCCUUCCGAUGAAUAGAAAUGUGUUUGGGGGUUUCAUGUCUUAUCUAGAACCAUGGUCAAUUGUUCUGUAAGAACUAACCAUGUCACUUCCCUUGCCCUUACUAGGCCAGACCAGUAACACUGACACUGGCCAGUCAGGCACAUAAAACAUACAUAAAAGCAA